AUGUCGGCGCGCCCUGAUCGACACACUCAGCGCUACGACCGGCAGUUACGCUUGUGGAACAAGUCUGGGCAAACAGCCCUAGAGAGCGCACAUGUGCUUCUGGUCGGUGCCUCGGCGCUGUCGUCGCAGAUCCUCAAAAAUCUUGUGCUCCCUGGUCUGGGCACCUUCACCAUUUGCGACGAUGCACGUGUUUCGCAGUCCGACGUCGCAUCCAACUUUUUCCUCUCGCAGGAGAGCGUAGGCCAAUUCUAUGCCAAUGAACUCGCUCAUUUCGUAAGCGAGCUGAAUCCUGCCACGACGGCUCAUGCAUGCACCAAGUCGCCUUCUUGGCUCCCGGGUCAGGAGCCAGCUUUUUUUACUGCCUUCUCACUCAUUGUAUGCGUGCGACAGCCGCGCAACAUGGCGGACUCCAUCGCUGAUCUCGUAUGGCAGCAUGCGCCGUCGGUCCCUGUCAUGUGCGUAGAGUCGUCCGGUUUCCAGGGCUACGUGUGUAUUUCGCUCGGCGAGCUGGGCAUCAUCGAAACACAUCCCGAAUCGCUCGUGGAUUUGCGGCUUACACGUCCUUUUCCUGCCUUGACACAGUUUGCUCGUGACCACCAGGUCGAUCCGUCCGACUCACUAGCGGUAAGUCACAUUCCGUAUGUGGUACUUCUACUUCGCGCACUGGAUGCUUGGAAAGCGUCGCAUGAUGGCGCUUUUCCCGCUAUCUCGGAAAAAAAGGCUUUUGCUCACGCGCUGGCAUCGCAACGGCCCUCUAUCGGUGACUCUGAAAAUUUCGACGAGGCUGUGGCCGCAUUACCUCUGCACGUGUGGCGCCCACUGCAAUCCCCUGCUGUACCCGCGCAUGUGACAGCGCUCCUUGAUGACUCGCAGUGCCGAAAGGUGUCCACAGGCACAUCAUCGCCGUUCUGGCUUCUUGUGGCUGCUCUGCGUGCUUUUGUACAAGGACAGGGUGUCUUGCCGCUAUCAGGCUCCAUGCCUGACAUGAAAGCCACAUCCAUCGACUACGUCGCUCUGCGGCAUGUUUAUAUGACUCAGGCAUCCGCUGACCUGGCCCUCUUCCGACGACUUUUAGCUGAUGUGCUCGACAAGGCAGGCAUAUCUCUUGAAGCCGCCGGGCUCGAUGACGAAACCAUCAAGACAUUCGUAAAGCAUGCUCCAUACCUGCAUCUCGUUCGUGGUCGUCGUCUUCGGCUCCAGCGCGUUGAGCCUAAUGUCGGUGCCUUGUCAGCAGCUUUGGCGGACCCUGUGAAUCCAGUGACAGCGCAAUUCUACCUCGCUUUCAUGGCGGCUCAUACCUUCUUCGAGCAUGCGAAUCGGUUCCCCGGCCAACCGCCUGUCGACAGCUCGGCAGGCUAUGACUGGAUCGACGACAUUGACAAGCUCUACGAGUAUGCCAGAGCAUACGCCAAAGACAUAUGCCUCGACCUACUCCAGCAAGACCAAGACCGCUUAUACGAUGCUUGCUAUGAAGUAACACGUGGCGCCUAUUCUGAUACGCCAUCGACAGCCGCCUUUCUUGGCGGCUUGGCUGCUCAGGAGGCCAUCAAGGUCAUGACUGUACAGUAUCUGCCUCUUGACAAUACAUGCGUGUACGAUGGCAUUGUCCAAGCCGUAAAUAGUUUUCGACUCUAA